ACAGUAUUGUUCAUUAGCGAGUAAUUGUAUUAUCGGUUUCUAAAGGCUCAAAUAUCGAUCAAUAAUUACAUCAGUUUUUAUUUGGCAAAUUUAAUUUAUUCCCAAAUUUUUCCAUUUCAUCAUUAUUGUAUUGAAUUCAUUUUCGUCUUAGGUACAACUAUGGCAUCAUCAUUUCAAAGUUUUUUCACUAUUAUCCUCUUGGCCACAACCACUUUUAUUGUUCUGGAUUUGAAUAAAAAUAAUUCCUUCAAUAAAUCAGCAACGGGUAAAUAUCUUAACCAAAUUGGUGUUGGAUCUCAUGUACAACGAUUCAUUAACACAAUUCAACAAUCUGGAAUCUAUCGACAAUAUAUUCUACCUUCUUAUAAUUCAUUAAUUCGAACAUUGGCACCACAUAUCGCUGUUAUACGUAAAGAAACAAUUAAAUAUAGUGAUCGUGUAUCUGUUUGGUUUAAAAGUACUUUUCCAUCAAUGCUGCAAACGAUUGAACGGAAAAUAAUUCCAGCCGUUUCAGAGCAUUAUUCUCAUUUCGUCACCUAUACACAGCAAUAUUUUGAUUUAACAUAUACAAAAAUGCAGAAAAUCAGUUUAAUUACUGGUGAAUGGAUCAACCAAAACAUUUUCAGCAAAUUUCCACGCGAUCAACUAUUGAAAACAUUCACCGAAUUCGUUGAAAACACACAAAAAAUGGCAUAUAAUUCAUAUGAAUAUCUGACCAGUCAAAUACAGAAAUUCAUUGCUGCAUAAGUAAUCUGAGAUUUUUACUUUAAAAAUUAGUGGUCUAACAAGCAAACAAUGAAAAACAAAACAUGAUUGUCUUAACUGAUUGUUGUAAAUUGAUUCAAUUUUCAGUUCAAGUAACUGUUUUUACAUUCCCACCUUUACAUUUUUUUCUCGCGAUUUGUCGUAAUUCUUUCCAUUUCGUGUACAUACAGAGUUUGUUUUUCAAUGAAUAUUAUUAGUUUUCAGCGAAUCAUAAUUUCUUUAGUAGAAUCUCAAUUAAAGUAGAUGUGUACAAAAUUAUAUAAAA